AAUACAAUACAAUACAAUACAAUAUCCCCCGUAAGUAGUACACAUCCAAAUGAGUUUAAUAUCAUACCCAAACCUCCUCGCUUCGGCAGGGCCCUACCCAUACCCACAUGGCUCUUCCCACGAGGCGGCUGGCCCCAGAAGCGUACAGUACCGUACCUCCGUAGGGCAAAGAAGGGCAACUCGCAGGCAGCCGGCGUCCACCGGCACACAAGAAACUCGCCAAACCACCAGCGCCCCCAGCACCGCAUCGCCAAGCAGCAUCAACCCUAAGAAGGCCAUCUCGCCCGCUCUUUCUCGAUCCCCCCGAGCCCCCCCAAUCCCUAAUUCCCAAUCUCCAUUCCGCCAAGCUGCGAAACCAGCUCUCGGUCCCUUGGCAGCAAAAAGCCUAUCGACCGUGCAGCAAAUAGAAUCGACAAACGCUGACCUCCUCCGAGAUAAGCAUCCCGUCGCCGUCGUAUCGCAUGGACUGGACAGAAAGUAUUAUAAGUGAGCGACUGACUGUUGCUGCUGGGGAGCGCGAAAAAGGGUGAAUGAAGUGAAGUGAGGUUAACAGAAGAGAAAUCAAGUGGUGCGUGCUGUCGCUUGCUUACCUUACUUGCUGGGAAGACCUUCAAUAAACAUCAACCGACAAACCGCCGACCAUCUUUGAGCUCUGCACAACUUUGCUUUGCGCUGCUCAAUCAGCUUCGUAUAGCCUUAUCACGAUUACAGACUUGCUUUCUUGUGUGCUGAUCUUAAGCUAUCUAGCUAGUUACAUACAUAGCACUUCAAGAUGGUUGGCUUCACAAAGAAGAUCAACGAUGCUGUCGCAAGAAGCAUUGUCGGGCGACGCUUUCGUUUGAUGGGCUCAGGACACCCAAAAGCUCGAGAGGGAUCCAGAUUCCUCACUGAGAUUCGAGCUGGUCUGGCUACCUUUUUCGCAAUGGCCUAUAUUAUAUCAGUAAAUGCAAACAUCCUUACGUCCAGCGGAGGAACCUGCGGCGCCUGCGAGAUCUCCGAAGGAGGAAGCCCCUUCGAAUGUCCCGGCCAGCCAGAAUACGCUCUCUGCCUGAAUCGCAUGACUCGUGACUUCGUCACUGGAACUGCUGCCAUUGCCGCACUCACCUCUUUCUGUAUGGGCUUGUUCGCAAACAUGCCGAUUGCGCUUGCGCCUGGAAUGGGUUUGAAUGCCUAUUUCGCAUUCACGGUUGUGGGACCGUAUGGAUUUGGACCCGUGAGCUAUCAGCUUGCUUUGACGGCUAUCUUUAUCGAAGGGUUUAUUUUCGUGGGGUUGUCGCUGCUGGGUAUGCGACAGUGGCUUGCGAGAGCGAUUCCCGCGUCGAUUAAAUUGGGUUCGAGUGUUGGUAUUGGUCUGUAUUUGACCAUCAUCGGAUUGACCUACUCCGCAGGAAUCGGAGCCAUCACAGGAGCAACAUCCGUCCCCCUUGAACUCGCCGGCUGCGCAAUCGCAGACCGCGACCCAGAUACAGGAUUCUGUCCUCCAGGCGUCGAUAAAAUGGCCGCCCACACAUUGUGGGUCGGAGUCUUCUGCGGCGGUUUCCUAACAGCGAUCCUCCUCAUGUACAAAGUGAAAGGCGCCAUCAUCGCGGGCAUCCUCCUCGUCAGCAUCAUCUCCUGGCCACGCUCCACAUCCGUGACGUACUUCCCUCACGACCCCACCGGAGACGACAACUUCAACUUCUUCAAGAAAGUCGUUACCUUCCAUCCUAUCCGCGAUACUCUUGCUGUCAAUGAGUGGAAUCUGAGUGGUGCGUCUGGGCAGUUUGGGUUGGCGCUUAUUACUUUCCUUUAUGUGGAUAUUUUGGAUUGUACGGGUACGCUGUACUCGAUGGCGCAUUUCUCUGGAGCGAUUGAUCCCGAGACGCAGGAUUUCGAGGGCUCGGCUGUGGCGUAUUUGGUUGAUGCUCUCGGCAUCUCCAUCGGCUCCCUCUUCGGCCUCUCCCCCGUAACAGCCUUCAUCGAAUCCGGCGCCGGCAUCUCCGAAGGCGGCAAGACCGGCCUCACAGCAAUGGUAACCGGCCUCUGCUUCUUCAUCUCCAUCUUCUUCGCGCCGAUAUUCGCAUCGAUCCCACCCUGGGCAACAGGCUGCACGCUCAUCAUCGUCGGCUGCAUGAUGGCCACCGCAGCAAAAGACAUCAACUGGAAGUACUUCGGGGACGCGCUCCCCGCGUUUCUGACCAUCGCCAUCAUGCCGUUUACGUAUAGUAUUGCGUAUGGGCUGAUUGCGGGCAUUGUCAGCUAUAUUGUGCUGAAUACUAUUGCGUGGGUGCUGGAGACGGUGAGUGGCGGGAGGAUUGUGCCGGCUGAUAAGGAGUCUAAGGAGCCAUGGACGUGGAGGAUUAAGGGGGGGUUGUUGCCGGCGUGGAUUGUGAGGGCGGCGAAGGGCCAAAAAGAUUUCUGGCACGACGACGAAAACGACCACCAGAAUACAAACACCUCACCCAUCACAAGCAGCAGCAGUCCCCUCCCCUCAGACAGCGCUUCAGCCCACGCGACAGACGCGAAAGAUUCGUCUGCAAUCACGAACUCUGAUGGUUUGACGGAGGAGGGUGAGAAGGGUGGGAAGAUCGCAUAGUUGGCUGGUUUGCGGAGUGAAUAUGAGCGGCCUGGGUGCAAGCGUGUGUGUGGUUUGCUUUGGCUUUGCUUUGGCGAGGACUUACCUUACCUUACCCUUAGUUUUAGUUUUAAUCUUAUUUUUUUUUUUUUUUUUUAAAAAAAAAAAUAGGCUGAGUGGAUAGAAGUGUGGAUGGGAAGGGCGAUAGGGUGAAGCUAUACAUUUCGGCGGGAGAUGGGAGAUGGGCGAGAGGGUGUAAGAUAUGAUAGGAAAUCAUAGGAAAUGAAACGAGAUGUGGCGAGAUGACAAGGACAUGGACAUGGACAUGGACAAGGACAAGGAUCAGGACAGGACAAGAUAAGACGUCCACGCGUUAAAUAUGAUGAAAUAUCCUGGCUGGUAGAUAGGUAGCUAGUUGAGCAGGUGAGCAGCUGAUAUGAAUUGCGAGGCGGAGAUAAUUGACCAGAAUAAAAUCGAUACUGA